UUAGCAGAUCACUCCUUUUCUUUUUGUUCUCAGCCAAUUUUAUUUUUCAGAUUCAAACUUUCUUUUUUUAACGCAAUCAGCGUAAUCCAUCAUUUUAACAUACUACGUUUUGACAAAGCAUUAUUACGUUACUACAGCCCAACUACACUUUAAAACUACGCUUUGCUUUCUAGUUAUAUAAAUGAGUCUGUUAUCUACCGUAGCAAAUCUCUUUAAACGGAUUGGCAAUGGUAGUAGCAGUAAAACUUACACACGAUUGCCGAAUGCUAAUACAUCAACAUUUAUAAGACCAACCAAACGAUGGCGAGCCCUGACCCUAUUGAAAUAUACCACUCUCAUCAUCCUAUUUAUUGUAAUAUCUUUCUUUACUUUCUGUCAACUACAGCUCAAUGUGCGGGUAUAUUUACGAAAUUGGAUAUCCCACGCAGAUGAUGCUUACUACAGCCCUUUAGCCGGCUGUUUCGACAAUUUGCCCGCUAAAAGCCCUUAUCUAAACGGUGGCACUCAUGAGUACGUCUACGAUGUUGCACCGGGUAUCAGUCUAAUGGAAGAUUAUGAUUGCUAUGAUUUUGCGGCAACUAUUACAACCGACUCAAUACACAAACGCAAUGAAACAACCAUCUAUCACGCUUAUUGGAGAUCUGACCUUGCGCCUAUGGGACGUAAACAACUUGCUACCCUUCGCUCAUUCUUCGCAACACAAGAUCCUGAUACGUCUAUCAUAUACUUAUGGUCAAACGGUGAUUUAUCUCUCUCCCCUAUUGUUCAACAAAUUCAACAAGCUGUCGGCGCUGAUCGACUGCAAGUUAAGCUCUACAACCCACAUGAACUCGCAGAAGGUUCGCCCAUGGAAGGCUCUCCACAUUUGGAUUUCAAAGACGAUAGUGGAUACUUGGACGGCGAUCUUGUGCGACUUUUAGCUAUUUAUAAAUAUGGCGGUAUGUGGUUUGAUAUGGACAGUUUGUUUAUUCGUGACAUGUCACCUUUAUUAGAACAUGAAUGGUUAUCGCAAUGGGAUUGCUUCUUGCCCAACGGGUUCCCGUUUAAUGGUGCAUUCAUGCGUUUCCACAAGCAGUCGCCUUACUUGUGUGAAAUGCUCUCUGAGUUAGCAUCGGGGCCACUGCCUAGACCAGACACAAUCGAUUGGGGAGGAUACAUGUAUUAUAGAAUUUAUAGAAGAUUGUUGCAUCAUGGAAUCAGACCAUGGACAGUACUGCCUUGGUGCUUUACCGACUCAAUGGUGUGUUCACCAAAAAAUUCAAUGCCGAAUGCUUUCAUUGAGACAGAAUUUGAUAAAGAGAGAUUAUUGCAGACAUUUGCGUAUCAUUGGCAUAACCAGUGGAAGAAAGAACCAGGAAGUUUGUUUAAAUUUUUAGAAGAGAGACAUAUCAAUGUUACUGGAUGGUGAACAAACAUGUGCGUAUAGAAAAUUUUUUUUUGGGUCAAAUUGCUCUUGUAUUUUUGAAAGUCGAGUGUUGCCUUCUAUAGUCCUUUUUCAGUUAUUAUAUUUAAUUUUUUUCUUUUAUUGUUCCGUCAUUGUUAAAUUAAUCAAUAAAUAUAGUUUUUCUUAACAUUUAA